GUAACCUCAAAUGUGUCAGCUUAUAAUGUUUGUAUUAUAUAUAAGAAUUACAAUGUUUCGUAUUGCCAUUGUUUUUCUUUAAGGUACUAGCAUUAUAGAAUCAAAGACAGACUUUGUUCACUCCUUGUGGCGCCAUUUAGGGGAAAACACCAAUAAUCAUAAUAUACAAACCACACUAAGUCGAUAACCCCAACAAACUAUAAAACCCCUUCCAUAUUUCGUAAUUCAUAAUUUUAUUCCCUUAAACAUUCUGUGAUAAUAGUUGGAGAUAUAGUUGGUCAUGUUAAAUAGUUCCUACGAAAGAAAGUUAUUGAGGAUAAUACCAAUAAUUCUCUCAAUAAAUACUAUAGGUACUUGGUUGUAUUACAGGUUUAACCAAUCAAGUUCUCUGACAAUAUUUUUCAAAGAUAUUUCUAGUUUGCCACAGGUAUCGUUUACUAAUUCAAACAUAAAUCGGAAACUAAAGUCCUUACACUCAAAAUUCAAACUGCCAACAUUUACUCUGGAAAUAACCAUUCCCACUACCUAUUUUGAAACUAGUUAUUUGAUUCAUGAUCCCCGAGUAACUAUAUCCCUCACAUUAAAUUUGUUAUAUCAUCAAAUAGAGAACAACCCAGAGAAUGUUUCAUUCCCAUUUAAUUGGGCUGACUGGGUUGACUUGACAUAUUUGAAUCACCAAAUUUCCAAGCCGGAAAAUAAAAGGAUAAAAUGUUCAGAUUUGGUUGAACAUAUGGCGUUCAAAAAUACUAGGGAUAAAUUAAAAGCAAAAGAAGAUUCCAUGCUCUUCGGGUGCAAAAAUUCUUAUGAUUUAACAAAACGAGAAAUUCAAGAAAUGGGAUUUACCGAUUUAGACAAAAUGCCUGGGUUUUUCCAAUUCCAGCAUUCACCUCGACAUACUAAUGAGUUUAUUCGUGUGUUGCAAGGAAAAACGUACUUAUUAGGAAGAAUGCCACUACCCUUUCAAGUGAUAUUCCUAAAUGAUCAUGGCAAAGAUCUCAAAUUUACAGUUGAUCUGAAAAUGAACGGGAGACAAAUAAUGGAGAAAUACAUUAGUAACAACAAUCUCAAGCACAAGAAGAAACUAACAUUGGAUCCUGCAAAAGAAUUUGACAAGCUUCGUGUACUACUAAAAUCAGAUACGCUUAAAAAGGUAUAUAAAACGAGAAAAAUUGUUCGUAUGAACAGAUCCUGGUUUCACUACGAGCCAGAUGAUGUGAAUAAAGAAUUUAAAAAGCUAGAAUCAAAACAGCAACUAACUCCUGUUGAAAGAGGAUAUUUAAAUUCAAUUAUUGCCUCGAGGAAAACAAGUAAUUCAAAGAACCGAAGAGAACCAAUGUAUUUCAAGGGUGCCAAUUUGAUACGAGGAAAAGCUAAUAAAGAUGAUGGCAACCACUAUGAAUGGAGAUUCUUUAAUGGGAAAUGGAGGGAUCGCUAUAGACAUUCUCUUCUUUUGGAAAGAAUAUUGAGAAAUUGGUUCAAGUUUUGCCAGAAAUAUGGUAUUAUUAGUUGGAUAAACUAUGGAUCUCUUUUGGGGUGGUAUCGAAAUGGAGCUAUAUACCCCUUUGAUCUUGAUCUUGAUAUGCAAAUGUCUAUGUAUCAUAUGACUAUAUUGGGGAAAAAAUUCAAUCAAACUUUGGUGGUUGAAGAUUUGCAUGAAGGCACAGGGAAAUAUUUAAUAGACGUUGGAACAUUUAUACAUAACAGAUACAAAAUUGGAGUAUUCCUUAACCAUAUUGAUGCCAGAUUCAUAGACGUUGAUAGUGGAUUAUACAUUGAUCUCACAGCAUUGGCCAGCACUAAGAAAUAUUCAGAUGUUCAUCCUAAAUUUUUCAAGGAUAUCUGCGAUGAUCCUGUUGAAGGACCUGUUUUAGAAGAUGAUGGUGAAAUUGAAGUUUACAACGAUAGAAAUGACUGGGUUCAUAAAUAUAACAAUAUUUCGCCAUUGCGUUUAUCGAUGUUAGAAGGAGUUCCAGUUUAUAUACCAAAACAGAUUGUAAAAAGAAUGAAAUUUCAGUAUCCUUGUGGAACAUUAAAUAACUUUGAAUUUAGGGAUUGGUAUUAUGUGGAGCAAGCUGGAACAUGGAUUCAUGAAAAAGAAUUGUUGGCUGUAUUAGACAAGCUGAAAGCUAUCCAAAAUGGCUCUGUGGAUAAAUCAAAUAUUAAAAAUCAGAUUAAGAAUUUAACUGACGAACAGCUUUAUAAACUUUUGUCAAAUGACGAAGCAACCUUAUCUAACUAUGAAUUGGCAAGACGUAACUUUGGUUUCCAUGCUAAAGAAAUACAAUAUCUUUUCAAUAUCGAUGCCAAGUUGAACAGAAAUAAAAAUGACCCACCUGAAGGAAAAGUCUUGGACGCAAGCCCAGAAGGGAAUCACGAAUAUCUAAGACUUAUUGUCGAUAAUGUAUUGUUGAAAGCCCCUCACAGAGAUUCUAUUUGCGAAUAUGACAGGGUCAAAGGAAAAUUUGCCGAUUUUCAUACAAUUGCAUCCAGAGAGUUGGAUAAAAUAGAUGUUUCAGACCAGGAAUAAGUAGUCGGGUAAUUUAUAACCAUAGAUAUGUAAUAGUUCUGGAAAUCUAAUGAAUUCUGUGCCUA